GUUGCUGCAGAGUAUCCAAACUCGAAGUUCUACGCAAUUGAUUUUACCACACAAAAUUCCAAUGAUAACAAUGUUACAUUUAUUAGUUGUGACAUUCAUCAGGUGUUACCAUUUCCUGAUAAUGAAUUUGAUUAUGUUUUUUCCAGAAAUAAAACAGAUUUCUUUACAAAUAAUAAUUUUCAAGGAUUUUUAUUUGAGGUCUUUAGAGUAUUAAAGCCAGGAGGUUGGUUUGAGAUUGUACAUUCACUUCGUGUUGAUGAUGAUGCUCGUGGGCCAACCUUUAGACGAAUGGAUGCUGCACGUGUUUCGUGGUACAAAGAACGUGGAAUUGAUAUUGAUCUAAUAACACGCUUAGAAGAUUAUCUUAAAAUGACUGGAAAGGCCGAAUUUAUAUCAUCUCAAACAGUAAAACUUCCGCUUGGAGGUGAUGGUUAUGGAGAGUUUGCUCGCGAAGCUGCUUUGAACUAUAUAAAAUUAAUGAAAGAAUUGUUUGCGCCUUAUCUGGGAGUUUCAUUUGAAGAAUAUGACCGCAUGGCAAACGAGAUUGAAAAUGAAACGAAAGAAAAACGUGGAGAGAUAUUUUCCAGAGCAAAAAGG